AUGGAAGAAGACGGGGAGGAGGAUGCGUCGUCGUCGUUGCCGUCGCCGUCGCGGAGGGUGGCGGGGAGACGUAUAAGCAAGUUUCGGAAGGAGUCACGGAAGAAGUUACAGUAUUACUUGGAUCAGUGGGCCCCACACGCGGGGCAAAGAUGGAUAGCGACACUCUUUGCUGCUGGGAUCUACGUCCUCAGGGUCUACUAUGUUCGAGGCUUCUACAUCAUCUCAUACGGCCUCAGCACCUACAUUCUCAACCUCCUCAUCGGUUUCCUUUCUCCCCAACUUGAUCCCCAGAUAGAUGUUUUGGAACCCAACGACGAUCCUCAUCAUCAUCACCAUCAUCAUCAUCAUCAUGAUGAGUUCAAGCCUUUCGUUCGUCGCCUACCCGAGUUUAAGUUCUGGUUUUCAAUCACAAAGGCAGUGUGUUAUGCCUUCCUGAUGACAUUCAUAUCUGUGCUUGAUGUCCCUGUUUUCUGGCCCAUACUCCUCUGCUAUUGGAUUGUUCUCUUCAUUCUCACAAUGAAGCGCCAAAUCAUGCACAUGAUCAAAUACAAAUAUGUUCCAUUCAACCUUCAUAAGAAGGUGACCCUUCCCCUACCAUUGUCACUCAUUUGUUUCAUUACAAUGUCGAGAGUGAUAUACUGAUAUCUCUUUAUUUGUUCAUAGAGGUACAACAACACCAGAAAAAAGAGUGGAAUUUCCUGCAAGCCAUAAUUUCACUUGGCUUCCGACGAUGAUUUAAAUUGUUAGUAUAGCUUCUAGUUAUUUGUUUGUAGUUGAGGCGCAAAACUAGCUGAUACAGCUGGUAUCUUCCUUGAUUGACUUUGUAAUUCUUACAAUUAUUAUUAGGCUGUUACUUUAGCCUUUUAUUUCUGGCUUUGUCUGAUCUCUUUCAUUGUUUGAGACUUCGAAGGAACCUUCUAUAGCGUUCUUCACUCUUGAUUGAAAUGGGAGUUCCAACGUU